UUUAAACUUUCACCGUCCAAGAAUUGUAAAAUGGCGGGUGUGAAUGCAAAGAAGAAGAAAACAGCCACUAACAGUAGUGUCAGACCCAGAAAUGAAGACUCUGAAUCAGAAGCCCCAAGUAUGUCGGCUUCUGAAGGCUUUGACUACCUACAGAACCAGAACAAAGAGGAAAGGUUAGAGAUUAGGCGAGGGUACAGGAAGCUGAUGGAGCAGCUCCAUGAUCAGAAACAUGACAUGAUCAACCCUGAAUCCACAUGUCUCUCUGAUGCUUUGCAAACGGCCAAUGAUCUGAAUAAAAAUGUGCGGAUGCCUAGAGAAGGAGCAUUGGAUUCUGCAACCAUUCUCAUGAUUUCCAAUUAUGCUAGAAUGAAAGUGGACAAUUUAAAGACAGAUUUUCUCAAGUUUGAGCCAAUUGAAUAUGCAGAGAAAUUGAUAUCGUUCAUAAACCAGGAUCAACCUCGGCAGACGCAAGACGUUGCCAUUUCAGAAAAAGGAUGGGUCAGUUUGGGGGCAGCUUCACAGAAAUUCUUUUUGAAAUCACCAGCUUUUCAUUUCAUGGCUGGAUCAUUUGAGAGAGGGGAACCUGUGAAGAAAGUCAGACGAGUCACUGACGCUCGCAAGAGUGACAAAGAAAAUGUAUACAAGGCCACAGUCCCUAAACAGAUGAAGUCUUUUGAGGACACAGAGAAGAGUGAGGCCACUACAGCUGAAGUAGAAAAGCUGUUUGGUUUACUGCAGCAUCUGUACAAAGAGACAGAUUGUAAUCCUAUCUGUUACUUUGAGUUUGUUUUACACCCCCAGUCUUUCAGUCAGACAGUGGAGAAUAUUUUCUACACAUCGUUCCUUGUCCGGGAUGGACUAGCAAAAAUCAUUUUGGAUGAUGAGAAGUUACCAUUAAUAGAACCAAUUCAGAAUCCAGAGCAGGAGAAAGUCAGGAAAAGGAUGCCACACAAACAGGCAGUGGUCAGCAUUACUCCUCAAGAAUGGAAGGAAUUAAUAGAGGUUUACAAUAUCACGGAUCCGUUAAUUCCAACUAGAGAGUCUGUCAAGCCAAACAUAGUGAAGAAAAUGAAGCAUAAGUAGUUCUAACCCAGGGUCACCAAGGUUAGUGCAAGGUCAUUGGUACUUAGGUCACCGUGUCCUUCAGCUUGGUUUAAAGAAUACUCUGUAAAUUCAGGAACAAUUCUGAAGAUAUUGUACGUACAUUUAUGGAACAAUCGCAUUUCUGUUUUUGCCUCAGGGACCUCGCCAGAAAUUAAUGGGUCAGAUGGACAUUUUCCAGGAAAUUUAAAUGUCAACAAAAGUGGAUCCAUUUUAGUGCUCAGUCCAUUCACAGUCAAAAUGCAUGUGCCAUAAACAAGCAUUGAUGCUUGAGAAUACCAGCAAAAGUAUGUGUAAAAAGCCUAAAAUCAUGGACGUCCAUGAAAAAUAAGCAAGCUGUUAAAGGUUGGAGGCAGUGUGUUGCUUGUUGUUAAACUUUUCAGUAUUUUUAUCAUUUUUAUCAGUAGAACAAGAUGUAUCUUUUAAUGUGUAUACAGAUUUUAUUCAGCUGUUGAAAUUUUCACUGUUGCAGUUCUUUUAUAGAAAAUCCAAACCCAUUCCCUGUGCUCAGUUGAUUUUGUCUUUGGGGAAGGAGUGGGAUGGGGCUAUAAAUAAAAUCUAGUCAUUAUACUUAAAAAACAAAAUAGCAUUGUUAGUUGGUAUUAACUAAAUUAUGACUGGUUUUCAGUUUUAUGUUUAGGAAUAUGAAAUAGAGGCAAACAACGCUUUAUGUUUUCAAGGUUUAGAUACAAAUAAAGGGUUUUUGUUUUAAUUGAUUUAAAAUUAAAUGAGAGAUGACUCACUUAAGUAGUGGAAAAGGGCUUCUUGUUAAUUUUGAAAGUUUAUUACAAUAUACUAGUGCAACUUGCAACUUUGUUCUUUUAAAUUCUGUAUCAUUUUAAUGUGUUUAUUUAGUUGUUUUAUAAUGUAUUAGUUCAUGCUAUAGAAAGCCUGAGGUUGUUCAUUCUGAAAAUUGAAGUUACUAUUUUAAUAAGCACUGUUAUAAUACUCUUCAUACUUGAAAACUGGAACGAUGUCACGGAAAAUUUCCAAGAUGCUUCUUAAUUUUGAUGUGUAUUUUCUUGUAAAACUAAUCUUGAUGUACUUUUACAAUUUACCGGAAUUGUGUUCAGUAUCUUGAAAAAAAAAAUCCAUAUUAUGUACAUGUAGAUUUCAGAUUAUACAGGUAUUUCCAGCAUCUUGAAAGCCAAUUGAACUGAAGGUUUUAGUGCUUUAAUAAUAAGGUCAAAGGCUACCUUUCAUCAUGAAAUACAGUUGUAUUUGUAUAUGUUAUGUUUUAUCAUAUGAGAUUCUUAAAUUAAGACAUCUACUGAAAGUUUUUUUUUCUGUUCAUAUUUUUUUUGAAACUGUGGAACAAUUUUCUAGAUAUUUUUCAGACUUUUGUAUGAUGUUUGAAAAAGUAAAGUUAAAAUUGAA